GAAGGCCUUCAAGAUGUGGAAGGAGCUUGACGGUGGGACAAUAGAUCUAGAUUCCAAUUAGAAUUUUGCUUAGUCAGUCAUAUAUUGCGGCUUAUUAUUUAAUUUUAUUUUACUGAGUAACUUAGUGACAAUUCUACAAUUAGGAUUAAACUUUAAAAGUAUUAGUUUAAUUUACGUUACUAAAUAAAACCUUCUAAAAAUGGAUCCAGGUAUUCUUUGUUUCCACCAUUGUGAACACAAAGUUUUUUGUACCAUAAUACCCGAAAAUUGCCCUGUUUGUCAACAGACACUGGAUAGAUACGACUAUAAUCUCUUGCCAUUUAGAGUACCAUAUCCUUUCGUGAAAGCCUCUCAGCAUCCACGAGCAAUCGUCAUGAAACCCACUCAUGGGGAUUUCCUCAAUGACUAUUAUAAUUCCAAAGAUUUGCAUAUAGGGGUCACUAACUCUCAAGGGUAUGUAGUGGAGUUCAGCGAAGAGGGCAUCCGUGCCGUUGACCCUGUAACUAAAAAGUGGAGUGAAUGUGAAACAAGUGUAGACUGGGAUCAAUGUCUUUUGUUAGAACAGUUUGAUGAACUGUGGAAUGAGAUCUGGGAUAGUGUCUUAUUAAAGGUGAGCCAGCGAUCAUUGUGGGUGGCGGACAGGUAUAAUGAGGAGCGUCACAACUGUUUUACCUUUGUACUGGCAUUUUUACGAGCACUUGAUUGUGGGGAAUUGUCAGAGAGAGCACGCGAUCCUAAACUCUUCUGUAAACAGUAUGUGGUCCCGCGAACUUCAGCUGCCGGGAAGUAUAUAUCACUAUAUAGACAAUUAAAGAGACAAAGCUAUUUCAUACAGAAACAAUGAUAGCCUAUUUGAAUUUACUUAUAAACUAUAUGUAUUUAUUUAUUGUCAGUUCAGUAUUAUCUGUGAUUUCUCAUAUUUAGAUAAGAAACUUUGAAAUUAAAAUGCAUUUACCUAAAACCAAAUAGAUUAUGUUUGAGUAAUUGAAAUUUCUCAGUUAUUUAAGUAGUAUAUAUUAAUUUGUCAUCUAUAUUAUAGAUUAAUUUAGAAGUAUUUUUUCAGAACUAUGUUAAAUAAACCAGUUACUUUAAAUUUAUAAAAAAGGUAUAGUCCAAUAUCUUUAUAAUUUUUAUUAACUAUUAGAAACAUAACAAAGGCUAAAAGGCUGUGUUAUUUUUUCGUUUUGUAAAUGGACCAGGCAUAUUUGAUAUAAUUAUACAAAAUUAGAAUAAUUAGAAUUUUUUUAACAUCACAACAAAAUUUCAUACAGGCCUAGUGUUAAUUUUUCAUUUAAUUAGAAAUUAUAUAAUAUCCAGUCUAAACUUCCAUACCAUAUUAAUCUUCUAAAUGCAAAUGUAAUCAAAUAAAUUAGCUUAAAUAUUGUAAGCUGAGUGUAGGUAGCACAAGUCAAAUAUUCUCAUUAAAACUAAAAAUGCUUUUAAUAAGUACUCUCAUAAGAUAGCCAAUGUUACAUUAAGUAAAUGUUGCAUAUCCUUCUAUUAGUAUUAAUCGAACUUUUAUUUCAAUAUAUUGAAAACAAUCUGAUAGGUGUCAGUAAGAAGUUAUGUGUAGUCAAUUAGUGUUUUCUAAACAUUUACAUUUAUGACUAUCCUAUAAAGUUCUCAUGUACGCUCAAGUUGUUCCGUAUUCAUCUUCUCUAAGGUAAAUGUAGUGUUUUGAUGGUGUAUUUUUCUCUUUAUAACAUAUAUCAUAGUUUAAAUACAAGUGACAUUUAAAUUAAGAACCGAAAAGUUGUCAUGAUAUCUGUAAUCAUAAAAAAAAAAAUCAUAAGAAAGUAAAUUAAGUAAGGAAUUUUUAAUUAAAUUCAUGAAUGUAUUCAUUAAAUGGUGUUAGUGUAUAAGGUGUAUAACAUAAAUUUAUUUGUAAAGUUUAAAUUCCUUUCAGCUUAUUUUAUUAAUCUGUAUCAUUAAUGCCCCAUAUAGUUAACCAAAGUAUAAAUGCAUAGCAUGUGAAGGUAAUAUUAUUUAAUAAUGAGCUGAUUAAAUUAAUAUGAAUUUUGACCACAGAUAUACGAUUUGAUGUCACCUGGGAUCUUAAACUUCGAAAAAAAAUUCGAACUCGAAUAAAAGAGUAUCUCUUUAAAUCUGAAAAAAAUUGUAAAGUUUGCAUAAAGAAUUAACAUAGAGUUGCUACAACAUCGAAAUAUAUUAAUUUAUUUAUAUGUCCCGCAAACAUUCAUACUACAUAUUAUAGUUGGAGUAUGUAAGUUAAUUCUAUGUUAUAUCUUCUCAGCAAGUUUAGUUACAUUAUUACUAUCUGUUCUUGGUUCUACUUAUGUAGACAACCCUUUUACACUUUUAUAACAAACUUGGGAAAAAAUCUAAAUCACAAACACAUUAAACUAGUCAAACCAUUCUUUAUCUCAUCUUAAUUCCUUAAUCUGUAUAAUCUUAUAUUAAUACAAAAUAAACGAAUGCGAUAAUAUUUGGUGGUAAAAAAUUAUAUGUGAGACCUGAAAUUUAAUAUUGUUAAAUCCAGCCAGCAGUGACUUAAUUAAUAGAAAAAAAAUGCUAAGAUAUAAAUAACUAUAAAACAUUAAAACUGAAUGCAAACUUAUUUAAGAUUUUAUUUGCAUUGAAAGUUUUUUUUAUAAUUAAGUAUUUUUAUAAUAAUUUAUUUAUGUCAUAAGAAUAAAACAAAAAUAAUGCCAAAUCUUUGUUCCAAUAAAUAACUCUUUGAUGUAAAUAAAUUACAUACAUUUUCUUCCAUUCCAAUGUAUCUAAUAAAAUAUAUUUAAUCAUAUGUAAUGGUCUAAAGAUACAAGUUGGUCACUUUUGAAUGUCAAAUAUACUGCCACAAUUGAGACUUGAAGAUUUUAUAAUAAUAGGUUUAAGUCAGUACAAAUUCAUUGGAAUUGCUUUGUCUCAGAUGUAGAUACUUGAUUUUUAAAUUAGGCUUAAUCAAAGACAAGACACAGGCUUCAUAAUUCUCAUGCACUUGAGUUAUUCACGGUUCUGAGCAUUCAUAUGUAUAGUCAAGUUGAAUCAAAUCACCUAUUCCACCUAUUCACAUGAAAUCUUGCCUAAAAAUUCAAAACUUGCCUAUAAAUAUGAGUGUUUGUUCCUAUUAUAAUAUUUAUCUUUUAUUAUUGUAUUGAUCUCGAAGACAAUUUUUCUAGGUGCUACAAUUAGAAUAAAAAAAUUGUUAAAAAAAUUCGGUACUUUUUUAUUUUCUAUGUUUUGGAAAUAAAGGGCAUAAUUUAUUGAA